GGAGGAGCGUGGCGCCACGCCCCUUGCCCCCAACCCCAACCCGCGGACCGACCUCCGCGGCGGCCGACUCGUCCCCGCCUUCGCCGGCGCUGGGCCUUGCAGGGCCGAGCCGAGGGGCCGCGGGCCCGGAGCCGGUGUCCUGGCUUCAUCAGCAGCUGUGCCUCCCCUAGAAUUUUAUCUCAAGACUUUUCAUGCAUCAUUUCCUUGAACCCAAGGCACCCACACUCGGACUCCACGCAGCUCCUCCUCUUUCCAUCCAACGUUUCUCAGCCAGAAGUGAGCAUCACAGUGACCUGUGGGACUGUAAAAAAUAUACAUGCACGAGCUAGAGAUUCUGAUCACUCCAGCUGACUCUGAUGUGCACCUUUGGUUGGGAAUCAUGUUUAAUCCCACUGGGCCAGCAAGGAGUUCCGGAGGCUGGAAGUCCAAGAUCAGGGUGCUGGCAGAUGCAGUAUCUGAUGAGAGCUCACUUCCUGCGUCAUAGAUGGCCAUCUUCCCGCUGUGUCCUCACAUGGCAGAAAGGGGUCCACGGAAAGAAAUUAUUCCUUAGAUUUGAUCCAGAUGAAGAAAUCGGAUCCUCUGGCAACAACCCACUCCCAGAGUCUCUACAAAAAGGAGAGAGAAAGGAAGAGGCUGGGGACCAAAAGCAGGCCUUGGGGCCCAACAGCCAGAACACUGACCAGCCCUCCCAGUCCCGGGAGGUUGUUGUCCCCGGUGGAGAGGAUGCUUUGGAGUGUUUAGGGGGAGACGGCCCUGCAGGAGGAGCUGAGAGGUGGCUGCAGGUCCGCUUUGGUUUGUUUGGCAGCAUUUGGGUGAAUGAGUUCUCCAGAGCGAAGAAAGCAAACAAGAGGGGAGACUGGAGGGACCCGGUUCCAAGGUUGGUCCUGCACUUUGGUGGUGGUGGCUUCCUGGCAUUUUAUAAUUGUCAGAUGUCUUGGAGCUCUUCCCCAGUGGUCAGACCCACCUCUGACAUCUUGUCUGAAAAGUUCCAUCGAGGACAAGCCCUGGAAGCUCUGGGCCAGGAGCAGCCUGUCUGCUAUACAUUGUUGGACCAAAGAUACUUCUCAGGCUUAGGGAACAUCAUUAAGAAUGAAGCCUUGUACAGAGCUGGGAUCCAUCCCCUUUCUCUCGGUUCGCUCCUCAGUCCUCCACGACUUGAGGUCCUCCUGGAUCAUGUGGUGGAGUUCAGUGCAGACUGGCUUCAGGGCAAGUUCCAGGGCAAACAGCAGCACACGCAGAUCUACCAGAAGGAGCAGUGCCCUGCUGGGCACCAGGUCAUGAAGGAGGCCUUUGGGCCUCCAGGUGGCUUCCAGAGGCUCACCUGGUGGUGCCCACAGUGCCAGCCCAGAUUGCCACCCAGCCAGCCGGAGCAAGUCCAGCUCCCUUAAGACGCUCGGGCACCUUCUUCACAGAACCUCAUCUUUUGGGGACCGUGAUGUCUGAGUGUCCAGAAAGGGGCGUGGGCAGGGCUUGGGACCGGGUACAGGAAUUAGAGGGCACGGUGGGGCAGGGCAUUGUCAGUACUGUUAUCUGGAGUUAUGUCUAAGACAGUUUCCGCAGGACUAGAUGUUUUUCUUUUUUAGUUUGGUUGAUUUUUCCUGUCUAAUUCUACCAUUGUGAAAGAUGAGAAAAAUCAUCAUGAAAAACCUCCCAGGACAGUGGGGCAAUGAAACUGAAAGCCGGUGGAAAACAGCUGUGCCCCAACAUUGCUGUGCAGGUGUUUGGUUUUGUUUUGGAAACAUCGGUUGUUUAAGGCCCUCCAUUUAAGAAACAUUUCUUCAUUGCCCUAGAGGGAUCCAGGGGUAAGGAUGCAGUAGCAUGAGAGCAGUGCUUGGAUUCAGCCUGCUGCCUGGUCUCUUCCCGUGGGAUGGAGACGCCAGGAGAAGGGAUGGAGGGAAGAGGGCGACCGGAGAGCUGGCCACUUUCCUGGUGUGCCCAGUGGGCUUUAGAAAAAAGCUACUUGUUUUCUCUUCAAGGAGGUAUAUUUGUGACUGAUAAUUUAAACAAUGUUGGAAUCAAGCAAGAGUUGUAGAGACACACUGUCAGGCUAUUAGCAACAGCUGGAAGAAACCAGGACAGUGACAUAAAAAUAAAGCCCUCUGUUAUUUUCUGUUACUGUCUUUAUUUGGCAGCAAAGACUUUUACACCAAGUAACUGAGCAUCUUUGUGAAGGUGGCCAGCCAGCCAUGUUGGACUUGUUGAGUUGGCCUAAUGGGUCCCCUUGAAAGGAGCAGGGCUGGGAGUGGGGUGAACACACACCUGCUCUUCUGCCCCUGGUGCCCUGCGCUGGCAGGACAUCUGGUGAAGCAAACAUGGAUUUCAGUUCUGUGGACCCAGCCUCUGGCAUGGAGAAGAUAGUGAUUUGUGUGAGUGAAACUGAAAACAGUCGCUGAUAUUUCUGGUUUUCCUUUACUCUCAUCUGUCUUAAGUCAUUGAGUGUUGUCAACAGUGGGAAAAGCCACUUGCUAGCAUACCUCUAACCUGUGUAAUAGUUAAUAAAUACUGAGUGCUUAGCAUGUAAAGCACUUAGCUUAGUUCUUGCCAUAUAAUCUGCAAAAACCCCAUGAAGAUAGGUACUCAGUCUUAUGUCCUUGUACAGAUAAGGAAACUGAAGUCUGGAGAGGCUGAGGAAUUUGCUUAAGAUCACACGGUUAACAGACCAAGGGCGUGCACUGAUCACCCACUCCAUUGUAGCCACUCCAUGUGGGGCCUCGGGAGCUGCACCACGGGAUGUGGCCAAGUCCUCGCCGAAGUCACUGGGGGUAUGUCCCUCAAAGUCGCCAAGUUGUCUUUGAUCCAUCAGCUCUGGAAUGUGAUCCAAGGAGGAAGCAUCACCCGUGGUGUCUUACAGAUGAAGGGUUCUGUGAUCAAAUAAGUUUGAGAAACACUGCAUGCCAUCUCCCACUCUUGGAGCUUCAUGGAGCUCAUAAAGGCUCCAGGAAGUUCCACAGUAAAGCAGACUGUUUUAGUUAGCGCUACCCAGUAUUUCCAAACCUUAUUUUACCAUGAAACCCUUUUUGCCUUUACUAUUCUUUGGAAUAUGGUGUACAAAUUGGUAUUAUUUUCCAUUAGGAUCUCCAAAACUUCUCAAAGCAUCGUUUGAACCUGCAUUCAAAUGUACGUCUCCACUGUCUGUUUUCUCUUCAGACCAUCGCCUGCAGCCAGCAUCAGCAAUCUGUUAGUCACGGCAUUCUUAUAGCUAAUCUAAAUCCUUCUUGCUUUCCUCAUGUCUCCUUUGUGUCACAUUUUACAUAUCUUACACACUUGCACCUUAGCUAUCUCUCUUUAAAAAAGUGCCAGUUCUUUUGGCUUAUGUGUUAGUCAGCUAGAGCUCCCGUAACAAAAUAUCCCAGACUGGGUGGCUUAAACAAGAGAAGUUUACUCUCUCAUAGUUCUGGAGGCUGGAAGCCUGAGAUCACGGUGCCAGCAGGAUUGGUUUCUUCUAAAGUUCCUUUGAGUUACAACUGUCUUCUUGCUGUGUCCUCACAUGGUCCCUUCUCUGUGUGCAGGUACUCCUGGUGUUUCUUCUUAAAAGAACCCCAGUCCUAUUGAAUUAGAGCCCCAUCCUUAAGACUUCAUUUAACCUUAAUUGCCUCUUUAAUGGCUCCAUCUCCAAAUACAGUCACAGUGUGGUUAGGGCUUCAACACAGGAAUUUGGCAGGGUGGGGUUGGGGGCUCCGGGGACACACAAUGAUCCGUAACAGACUACAAAAGGGUUUUAGAGAAAAUCUUCAACUUCUCACAGGUCAUCUCUCCUUCCUUUUUUUUUUUUUUUUUUAACUUAUAUUAGUCUGUAAAAUCCCACUACCAGACCAGAUGCUCUGAAAAUACUAUUUGAGUAAUAGAUUGAAGUUUGUAUCUAGAUGAGUCUGCAGACUUGCGCAUUAUGUAUAUAAAGUAUGUGUUAUAUAAAGAUA